AUUCUUUAUCUUACAGCAGCGUCCGAAUUCUGCAAUUUGCAUUCUGGCUCUUUGUGCGGGAUCAACGCAUCUAGUACAGGAUGGUCGCGAUAUAGUCGGUGUGGGUAGUCUGGAGAUACGCGCAGCCGCUACCCCGCCAAUACCCGGACGCAGCUUCCACAGAGCGUUAGUCGACGCCCUGCGCAUCACGAUAAGACUUUUCCCAACACCAAGCUUUUUCCCUUUCAUUCCCAUGCCAAACCUCAAGCAUGGCUAUCGACCAAGAAUUCCGACGUCCUCCGACCAUUCAAGAGGAGGAGACCACACCCCUCCUACCACGCGAUGAGCCGGAGCCGAAACCAAGAGAAGGAAAAGCGGCCGUACCGGUGUUAUUCCGCGCUCUACUAUGCGCAUUCCUUGUAUCGUUGACAUUUAGCAUUACGCAAGCUCCUAUGCUAUACGCGUUCCGGAUAUUGACCUGCGAUGCGUAUUACGAACAUCACGAGCCGGAUCCGAACGCUACUGAUAGGUGUGCGAGACGCGAAAUCGACGCUGGAGCUGCCAGAGCUUUUGCAUUACUUGCAUCAUCGACUACGAUAUUCGGCCUUGUCAAUUUGCUAGUAGCUGCAUGGACUAUCAAACGCCUGGGCGUCAAGUUGGCUUUGAUCAUCCAGAUCUUCUGGCCUGCGGUCCGCCUUCUGAUCCAGAACAUCGGUAUCAUGCAUGGCGGCAACGUUGGCAUCAUGAUCGUGCAAUGCUCGCAGGUCAUCACGGUAGUUGGCGGCCCUAAUGGAUACGUUUUGUGUCUCAAUUCUUUGGUGGCGGAUGUUGUCGAGCAUGAGAGGCGGACAGGUGCAUUGGGCCGACUUCAAGGCUGCAUGUACUUCGGGAGUGCCAUUGGGUUCCUGAUCGGAGGUGUCGUCGGCGACUACUUUGGCAUACUUGCGCCCUUCCGCAUGACUUUGGUGCUGUUCUUGCUCUGCUGCGUAUACGUAGCAGUAUCGCUACCUGCCAUGCCACCGCCGGAGGAAGACAAGGAUGCGAAACCUCGCGAAACUACUGGCAUCGCGCGUUUCUUUGGCCCCCUCCGCAUCUUUGCACCACAAAAGUGGGAAAUACCUAAUGGACGUACUCGCCUGCAGUUUGGAGCACUCACUCUUGGUAUCGGCGUUUUCCUGGGUAUUCUUGCAACUGGCUACAUUCCUAUCUUACUCCAGAUGUAUGCCACCGUUGAGUUCAACUUUGGCCCCAAGGAGAACGGAGCGCUCAUCUUCUUAUACUCAGCAUUGAGAGGUGGUUUCCUCUCUCUUGUCUUUCCCCGCAUCAUCGCUGCAGGGCGAAAGUGGCUGGGUGACGGCGUGAAGAACAACUUGGCAGAAGAUGAAGAAAGAGAAUCGGCAGUGCAGGUUCAUAUCAUACCACCAACUCCGGCAGUAACGGAGACUGUUGACCCUCUAGAGAGCGAAGAACCGCCAAACCCAGAACCGACGAACGAGCAGGAGACGUUUGCAUUCGAUUUGUUCUAUGCGCGCUUCAGCCUCUUGCUUGACGGUAUACUUACCGGUCUUGCUGUAUUUGUAUCACAAGGUUGGCAAAUGUACAUCGUCGCUGUGAUGCUGCCAUUUGCUGCAGGUACCGGCGCCGCGUCCAAGGGAUCAAUUCUUCAAAUGCUACCAAACAGCGAGCGCGUCGACGCGCUAAGCGGCAUUACGCUUGUCGAAAACAUCGCGCGUCUUUCGACGUCGGCCGUCUUUGGAGUCGCCUUCGCUGCGCUUGCCGAGGCUGGCCAAAGCCAUCUCACGUUCAUCUGCAAUGCUGCCGUUGCAUUGCUUGGCUUUGUUGUCUUACUCCUCUCGCGCUUCCCCCCGAAAGGUAGUCGUCGGAUCGAGAUAUGAUAUAGGACUUUUGAAGGUGCACGUGCAGGGUCCCCUGACCAUAAGGCUGUGGUCUGGAUCAUCUCAGCCCUUAUGUACAAGCUGAUAGCCUGAGGGAGCGACAGACACGCGACCCAUUUGCUGUUGGGCUCGCUUAGGCCUGCCGGGCACCAUACGCCCCUCUUACAGAAACACAUCGCUAUCGCUAUCUUGUCCCGCGGCUCAAUAACCUGCUCGAUAACGCCUUGGCAGCUACCUACUGGCGCUGCGGUCAUGAUUGUGAGCAUGCAAUAAAGUGCGACUCAUGC